UUUUUUUCUGAUUUGACCAGGCACGGACUAAGUUAAAUUUCAACAGCUUCAAAAAAAAAAAAAAAAUGAAAUAACAACUGACCCUGAAUCUGGAAAAUUCUUCUGAAAUGAUGAGACGUUUUCAAUUGGCUUAUUCGUUCUAAGCGAAUGUGAGCUUUUUACAAGUUGACUUUUUCUGUAAUUUUCUUCUAUCACCUACUUUCCUCUUGUCAGCAACUAUUCCAUUCAAGAAAAGCAGAAUGGCUACUGAAAAUAAGAAAGCACUUGUAUAUUCUAUCCUUGAGUUUUUGCAAAAGUCUUGCGAAGACGGCACGAUCAGUAAAGAUGACACCGAAGGAAUUGAAGUUGCUAUGCAGUGCAUUGGUGAAGCUUUCGGCGUAGAUGCUUCCGAUGAAAAGCAAAAAGAACUCUACUCCACUAAGCCUGCCACUUUAUUAUCUAUCUUUGAUGUAUAUUUGAGAACCAAGAAGAAUACGCAGUCAGCUGCUACAUCCAGCAAAUCUGAAAGUAACGUCAGUGAGGAGGAUAAGAAAGCUGCUGAAGAAAAAAAGGUUUUGGGUAACCGUAAGGUCGCCGAACGUAAUUAUCCAGAAGCUAUCAAGCUUUAUACUGAAGCCAUUACACUCAAUGGCUCCAACGCUGUUUACUACGCCAACCGUGCUGCUGCUUAUAGUCAACAAGGUGAUCACGAGAAGGCCGUAAAUGACGCCAAGAAGGCAGUUGAAAUCGAUCCCAAAUACAGUAAGGCUUAUAGCCGUAUGGGCCAUGCUUAUUUCUGUUUGAAUAAGUUCGAUGAAGCUGUCAAGGCUUAUGAAAAGGGUUUGGAGCUUGAACCUGGUAAUGCUACUAUACAACAAUCUUUGGCCACCGCUAAGGCUAAGUUAGGUUCUGACAGCGAGUCUAAUACUCCUACCGCUGAGCGCUCUGGCUCUGAUUCUGCUUCAUCCUCUUCCGCUGGUGGCUUCCCUAAUCUCGGUGGUGCCGGUGGCAUGCCUGAUCUAGGUUCUUUACUGAACAACCCCGCUUUAAUGAAUAUGGCCCAACAAAUGAUGUCUUCAGGUGCUCUUGACGGCUUGAUGAAUAAUCCUAAUAUUGCCAGAAUGGCCCAACAAAUGAUGGGUGGCGGAGGCGCUCCCAACUUGCAAGAAAUGAUGAACAACCCUGAAUUAAAGAAAUUGGCUCGCGAUGCUAUGAGUGGGCUCUCUCCUAAGCCUGAUGAUGAUAAGAAAUAGAUAGACACCUAUCUACAGCAUAAAUCAAUUCUAUAUCUUUGUUAGUCGAAUGAUAAAUUUGUGUAUUAUCACUUCAGCAUUAUAAAAUACUGUAAUAAAGACCAAGUCUGUCAACGAUUACAAUGCUCUAUAUGUAUAUUUCUUAGACUACAAAGUGCAAAGCUUUGUUCACCUUUACCCUAUUUUAGCAUGUGAAACGCAUAACGAUAGAAACUAAAUAGGUUUUAAAGAGAUAAUUUAAUCUACUAGUUAUCUUCAUAUACUUGUGCUAUUUGAAAAUGAAUGAAUAGAAAGAGAGAAAGGGACAGGAUGGGAUAGGCCAUAAAGUAUAGGGUAUAAAGUAAAG